GUUAAUUGUGAGUUCCGAGAUCCCUGUCGUCAGAAUCUCUGCAAUCCACUAGCCAAGUGCAUCCCUAACAAUUUGGGCCGACACGAUUGUAUCUGCCCGGAUGGCUGGAACGGCACCGACUGCAAUCAGGACAUCAACGAAUGUCGUCUUGGACCCAGAUCCCCAUGCGAACAUGGUGGCAUCUGCAUAAAUACAGUAAGUUACUUGUCCCUUUUGCCCUGA